AUGAACGUCGACGCCAUCAGGAGUCGCAUCGUCGCGACGCUGUCCCCUGAUACCAACGUGCGACGGGCCGCCGAACUCGAGCUCAAGUCGGCCGAGACACACGCCGGUUUCUGCGAUGUCCUGCUCGAUAUCCUCGCAGCCGAGGCCGAGGACGCCGUGCGCCUUUCAACCGUCAUCUACCUCAAGAACCGGACGAACCGCGCCUGGGCGAAAAGCGACCACUACCCCGACGAGUCCCUCAUAGCCGAAGAUGAGAAGCAAAGAUUCCGCGACCGCAUACUGCCCAUCCUGGCAGCCUCCCAUGGCCCCGUCCGCCAGCAGUUGCUGCAGAUGAUCCAGCGCAUCCUGCACUUUGACUUUCCGGGCAAGUGGCCCAGCUUUAUGGACGUCACCCUGCAGCUGCUGCACGCCAACAAUGCGCCCUCGGUCCUCGCUGGCCUCCAGUGCCUGCUUGUCACAUGCCGUGCGUAUCGCUUCAAGGGGAACCAGGACCCCAGCAGGAACGAGUUUGACAACAUCGUCGAGGCUUCUUUCCCCCGCCUGUUGGAAGUAUGCAACGAGCUGGUGAACCAGGAGAGCGAGGAGGCCGGCGAGAUGCUGCACAUUGCCCUCAAGGCUUACAAGCACGCCACCUGGUUGGAGCUGUCGAGCUUCCUCAGACAACCGCAGGUCAACAUUGGUUGGUGCACCGUUUUCCUCCACACCAUUGCGAAGGCGGCUCCCGCCACCGCCAUGUCGGAGGACCUCGACGAGAGGGAACGCAACCACUGGUGGAAGGCCAAGAAGUGGGCUUACUUCAACCUGAACAGGCUGUGGAUUAGACAUGGCAACCCCAGUGCCGUCUCGACGCAGACCGACGAACACAAGGCCUUCGCCAAGGACUUCACCGCAACCGUGGCCCCCGAGAUCCUGAAGCACUACUUGCAGGAGAUCGAGAAGUGGGUGGCCAAGACGGCCUGGCUGAGCAAGCCGUGCUUGUCUUAUACGCUGGUGUUCCUCGAUGAGUGCUGUCGUCCCAAGGAGAUGUGGCCCCACUUGAAGCCACACCUGACCAACCUCGUCACCCAUCUGGUGUUCCCCGUCAUGUGCCUCACCCAGGAGGAUGUUGAGAAGUUCGAGGACGAGCCGGAGGAGUACCUUCACCGCAAGCUCAGCUUCUACGAAGAGGUCUCGUCGCCAGAUGUCGCCGCCACAAAUUUCUUGGUGACCUUGACCAAGGUCCGGAGAAAGCAAACGUUCGAGCUCCUCAAGUUCAUCAACGAGGUUGUCAGUGAAUACGAGGCUGCGGCCGAAGGUGCCAAGAGCCACAUCGCCAAGGAGGGCGCUCUGCGCAUGAUUGGGACGCUGGCGCCGGUCCUUCUCGGGAAGAAGAGCCCCAUCGCUGAUCAGGUCGAGUACUUCCUGGUCCGCUACGUGUUCCCUGAUUUCAAGAGCUCUCAAGGAUUCCUCCGCGCCCGGGCUUGCGAUACUAUCGAGAAGUUCGAACAGCUCAACUUCAAGGAUCAGAACAACCUGCUUCUCAUCUAUCGCCACAUCCUCGACUGCAUGGCCGACACAGACCUCCCUGUGCGGGUCACCGCCGCCUUGGCUCUGCAACCCCUGAUUCGUCACGAUGCCAUCCGGAUUAGCAUGCAGCAGAGCAUCCCAACCAUCAUGCAGCAGCUGCUCAAGCUGGCCAAUGAGUGCGAUAUCGACGCUCUCGCCAACGUGAUGGAGGACUUCGUCGAGGUUUUUGCUGCCGAGCUGACUCCUUUUGCCGUGGCUCUUAGUGAGCAGCUGCGGGACACGUAUCUGCGUAUUGUGCGCGAGCUCCUCGAUAAGAACGCUGCUAAGGGCGACGACGACGGCGAGUAUGGCGACUACUUGGACGACAAGAGCAUCACGGCUCUUGGUGUUCUGCAGACUAUUGGCACACUCAUCCUCACCCUGGAGAGCACGCCGGAUGUUCUUUUGCACAUCGAGGCUGUCCUCAUGCCUGUAAUCCAGAUCACCCUGGAGAACAAACUUUACGAUCUCUACAAUGAAGUUUUCGAGAUCAUUGACUCGUGUACCUUCGCCGCCAAGAGCAUCUCCGGAACCAUGUGGCAAGCGUUUGAGUUGAUCCAUAACACGUUCAAGUCUGGCGCCGAGCUGUACCUGGAGGAUAUGCUCCCUGCAUUGGACAACUUUGUUCAGUAUGGCGCCCCCCACCUGGCUCAGAAGCCCGAGUAUGUCGCAGCUCUCUAUGGCAUGGUCUCGGACAUGUUCGAGGAUCAAAAGGUCGGCGGUGUCGAUCGCAUCUGCGCAUGCAAGCUGGCCGAGGCCAUGAUGUUGAGCCUGCGUGGCCAUAUCGAUCAGUCCGUGACCGGCUUCAUCACCAUGGCCAUGACUGUGCUGAGUGGACACGAUGUCAAAGUCAAGUCUUACAAGAUCCAUCUUAUGGAGAUGGUCAUCAACGCGGUCUACUACAACCCCAUGCUCAGUCUGGCUGUCCUGGAGGCCAAGGGGUGGACAAAUAAGUUCUUCAGCCUAUGGUUUGGUAGCAUGGACAGCUUCAGCCGGGUCCACGACAAGAAGCUUUGCAUCGUCGCCAUCGUGUCGCUGCUCAGCCUCAACCCUGAUCAGAUCCCUCAGAGCGUGCAGACCGGCUGGCCUAGGCUGCUGCAAGGCAUCACGAUUCUCUUCAGAACCCUGCCCAGUGCCAUGAAGGCUAGAGAUGAGGCAUUGAAGGAUGACUACACCUUCGAUGCCGGUAGCUACGAUUACGAGGAUGAAGAUGAGUGGGCCGAGGAAGACACCAACUGGCAGACCGAGGAGAAGACAGAAGAGGACUCCCAGGAAGCUCGUGAUGAGAGCACCGCAUAUCUCGAGUUCUUGAAUGAAGAGGCUGCCAAGUUCAGCCGCUUGGAGUCCCAAUACAAGGAAAUUGAUGACUCGGAUGACGAUCUUGGCGAGGACAGCGUCCUUUUGGAAUCACCUCUCGACAAGCUAGAGCCGUAUCAGCUUUUCAGGGGUUCGUUGAUGAGACUACAGCAGGAACAGCCUCAGCUGUACAGCACCCUUACUGCGCCUCUCACUGCUGAUGACCAGGCAGUCAUUCAAGGAGCCAUCAACCAGGCUGAGGUGAACGCUCAGGCGGCCCUUCAGCUUGCAGCUCAAGCCGCUCAGAACCCUCCAUCCGCCAAUGGUGGUGUCAACUAG